AUGUUCCAAAAACGCUUCGAUGAAGGAAUUACUUUGAAAGACAAGCUAGAAGAGAAGAUUUCGAAGAUGAAAGAGAUCGCGAAAGAGAUUUCGAAAGGUCGCUUCCUUUGCCUAAAGUACGAAGCAAAGGCCAAAAGCCCGAUGGAAUCGGACAUCUUCAGCAUGUAUGUCCAGUAUUGUAUUUUUGACAAGGAUGUAGAUAAAACAGAAAAGGACGUCGUCGUAAAAAUUUGGUCGCCAAUCUUGAAGAGGUUGUUUAGAAGAACCAACCUGAGGACAAAGUGGGGAGAGAGUGUCGGUGACUCUCACGAUGCAAUAAGCAGUGCCGGCUUCAAAGUGGACUUAAGAGUUGCGAAGGGCACUAUGUCCAGAAGAAGAAGAGAAGCCGAUAAGGCUAACGUUGAGAUUGCUAGGCUCAACCCUAGCAUGAUCAAGAUCACCAAUGACAGGACAAAACUCCAUAUUGAAUUCAAGACAGUUCUGGACAAGUUGAUCAAAGAAGUCCCACAAAAAGUCCGAAGCUAUCGCUAUCUCUGGCCUACAGAUCACAGAGCCAUCCCGUGCUCCCUUAAAUUAGGCGCGGCAGUCCUCCCCAACCAUGUUGCACGUACCAAGGACUUUAGAGAAGUGAUCAUGUUGCAAUAUAAAUUCAAAAAUGCAACGACGGAAGUUGCAAGCUGCGACCUAAUAAACGAUGAUGACAGCAGUGACAGUGACAACAACAGCAACAAUAAUAAGCCUGCUCUUGGACACGAGGAACGUGGAUUCCUCCCGACACCGACAAGAUAA